CUUACAGAAUCCAUGUCAACCAAAGCACAGUUGACGUCCUGAACAGCUUGAAACUGGGAUAUAAACUCCAGGUCAGAGGCAUGACGGAGUUAAAGGGUAAAGGGAUUGAGACCACCUACUGGUUGGUGGGAAGAGAAGGCUUUAACAAACCCCUCCCUGCCCCUCUAGGCAACGCAGGGGGCAGUAACCAUGGUAUCAGCUUAGAUGAGAUCCCUGUUGACAGAAGACAGAAAUUCCUGGAUCGACAGAAGAUGAUGGGAUAGAGUGACCUUUGACACUGGAACUUCCUGACUGAGGAAUCAUGUACUGUAUGUCCCAAAGACUGGGUGGGGUCCC